CCACAACACCGGCUGCAAAUCCAUCAUGGAUGUCUCUCGAUUUCAGUCUCGCCGUCGUCCAACCAACGCGUUGUCUUCCACAACAAUCCUUCCCAAUGAUCUCAUCACAAAAGCGUUUUCAUGCCUUCCCGUGAAAUCUCUUAUGCGUCUGAGGUGCAUGAGUAAGUUCUAUAACUCCCUUAUAUCCACUCCGUUCUUCAUCAAAAUGCACCUUCGUCACUCUUCUCGAAACCCUCACCUAGCAAUAGCCUCAAAACAAAUCUUCCCCUGUUUACGUUUCAUCGUCCCUAUAAGCAAGAUACUCGAGAACAAUCUAAUCAACUUUCCCUUUUGCCUUCCAUAUCAAUUGUCUGUCAAUGAGCAAUGUUGGUUAGUUGGUUCUUGUAAUGGAGUGCUUUGUUUUGUUUAUUAUUCUACUAUCACCCAUAAUUCUUAUCAAUAUAGUUGGCUCAAAUUCUAUAACCCGGCCACAAAGGUAGAAUCUAAAGAAUUAGCGUAUUUUGAAGAUCAUUUCAAUGAUAGUUAUUUCUUCACUAGGUAUACUUUUGGUUAUGAUAUCCUAACCGACAUGUAUAAAGUGGUGGCGUUCCAUUUGAUUGGUGAUGGUAAAACUGAAUUUAAAACAGUUGUUAGAGUUUUUACUUUGGGCGAUCAUUUUUGGAGAAUCAUUGAAAGUUUCCUUGUUGGUCCUCUUAGCUUAAAUCUUCCAAGCGAAAGAAGUGGUGUUUAUUUUAAUGGUUAUGUUUAUUGGUUGGCACUUAAGAAUUGUGUCCGGGUUAAUAUGGCUUUUGAGAGCAAUGGUAUUACUAUUGACCAGUUUGUGAUUAUGUCACUCGAUUUGAGUACUGAGACACACAUGGAGUUAUUGCCCCCUCAGGGUUUUCAUGAAGUUCCAGAUUUGGAGCCAACUAUCUGUGUAUUGAAGGACUCUCUUUGUUUUUGUCAUGAUUUCAAGCAAACUCAUUUUGUUAUAUGGAAGAUGGAGAAAUUUGGAGUUGUAGUGUCUUGGACUCAACUUGCUAAAAUUAGUUAUGAUGAUCAGAAUCUUCUAUCCAUAUUCUCAUGGUUGCCAUUGCACAUUUCUGAGGAUAAUAAUACACUGAUACUUGCAAACAUGCAAGCACAUUCAGCUAUGAUCUAUAAUUUGGAAGAAAAUAGCGUAGAGAUGCUUAGCAAUGAACCAUUGUGGGCGUUUAGUAAGGACCAUGUUGAAAGCUUGGUUUCAAUUUGUUGAAAGCACCGAACCUGUUGGGAGCUUGUUCCACCUGAACCUGAAGAAGCGCCAAAUGAAGCUAUAGCUUGUAUGAAUUCAUCAGUGUGUUAUACUCUCAAUGUUAUUAGUCUCCUAGAGACUAAUGUUAUUUUGUCUCCUAGAGUCAUUUCAGUUUAUUAUGUUGUUUUGUUUAAACAUGAUAAGUCAUUAGAAUAAUAAGUUCGAGCUUAAUAAUACUCGAACUAGAUUCGUUGUAGUGAC